CGGCAACUGUCCAUCGCUAUCUCUAUUUAUCCGGCGGAAGGGAACCCCAUCUCUUGACAUGGGACCAGAUGAGAUAGGAGAACCCUGUAAGCAACCAAGCCACGGCAUCCUCUACAAAUACCACUUGUCUGGGCCUUCUUGAUCUGAUCAUCAAGCUUGAUCCGCACCUUCUUUCCAACUAAAACAUUUCGUCAUGACCAUCAGAACAGCCAUCAAGGUUGACAUCAACAAGCCUGCAUUCGAGCAGCCCCACAUCCACAACAGAUGGCAUCCUGAGAUUCCUUUCGCCGCCAAGGUAGCCCCGGGUGAAGUUGUCAACGUAGAGUGUGUCGACUGGACCGGUGGUCAGAUCGGCAACAAUGACUCUGCCGACGAUAUCCGUGAUGUCGACCUUAACCGCGUUCAUUACCUCUCCGGCCCCCUUGAGAUUGAAGGUGCUAAGCCUGGAGAUGCACUUCUCGUUGAGAUCCUUGAGAUCCAGCCUUUCAAGGAACAGAACUGGGGAUUCACCGGCGUUUUCCACUCUAAGAAUGGUGGUGGGUUCUUGGCUGACAAGAUGCCAAAGGCCGCGAAGGCUAUCUGGGAUUUCGAGGGAAUUUACGCCAAGUCACGACACAUUCCUGGAGUUAGGUUUCCCGGUAUCAUCCAUCCAGGAUUGAUGGGCUGUGCUCCUUCCAAGGAGUUGCUCGCCAAGUGGACGGAGCGUGAGUCAGGACUGUGCCACUCGCACGGAUCAAUGGAUGUUGCGAAGUUGCCUACCGCCGACGGAGCUCACCCUGGUGCUCCCGCUCUUGAGGGCGAUGAUGAGUUGGCGAAGAGGAUUAGGGAGGAGGGUGCUAGAACUGUUCCUCCUCGUGAGCACGGAGGAAACGUUGAUAUCAAGAACCUCAGUCGUGGUUCCCGAACUUGGAUGCCCGUGUAUCUCGACGGAGCCAAGUUCUCCAUCGGUGACCUUCACUUCAGCCAGGGUGAUGGUGAGAUCUCUUUCUGUGGUGCUAUCGAGAUGUCUGGUAUUAUCACCUUGAAGUUUGGAAUCAUUCCUGGAGGUGUUGAGGCAUUGAGUUUACGUCAGCCCAUGUACCUUCCUGGACCCGUGCAGCCUCAGUUCAGCCCUGGUCGCAUGUUGACCUUCCAGGGUAUCUCCGUCGAUGCUGACACCGGCGAGCAGAAGUUCCUCGAUGUCCACCUUGCGUACAAGCAGACCUGUCUCAAUGCUGUGAAGUAUCUUCAGCGUUACGGAUACUCUGACUACCAGAUCUACCUUCUUUUGUCCGCAGCGCCUGUUGAGGGUCACAUCGCAGCUAUUGUGGACAUCCCCAACGCGUGUACUACCCUUGGAUUGCCUUUGGAUAUGUUUGAGUUUGAUGUAGCUCCAGUCGGUGCCAACAUGAACGACUCUUUGAGCGGAGAGGUCAAGGUGACGAAGAUGAUUACUCAGGAUUGUCCGAUCUCGGACUUCUAA